CAUUUUUUUUCCACCAGAGUACCCCUUUAAGGGAAGCUCCAGAGAAGCCAUGUCCACUGCGGCUCCUCACAUCAGGUUUGUGACGUAUGGAUAUAAGGCCCUGUUCACACAACAGAUAAUCUGCGCGGAUUCCGCCCUGCAACCCACAGGACCCUACAGACUCCUCCCACACACGGCACGUGAUCCUGACGUCACCGCAGGUCCUUUACUCUCUGGAGUUCUGCCUCUACCAUGUUCAGGAAACCGAACCGUAACGUGCGGGUCCGGAGAGCGGUAUCCAGCGAGGAGGAGGUGGAAGAAGAGCGGAACUACGGGAGGGUAGAGCGGCCGAAGAGAGCGGGGGGCCGGGGACUGACGUGCGGGACCAGGAAGAGGCGGGAAGCGGCGGCGGAGGACAGUGACGAGGAGGAUGCGGGCGGCGCUGACCCUGAUCCUCCCCGGACCGCCGCCCCGCACAGCGCCCUCAGCUUCACCGAGGAAAAGGAAGGUAACGAUGGCUCCUUUAAGAUCAGGAAGCCAACAGUGAGCGCCGUCGUGUUUACAGCCCAGAAGAAGACGGAGGAUGGCGGGGAAAGAAAGAAACCUCCGGAUAAAGAAGAGGAUGGCAGCUCAGAGUCAGAAGACAAUGAACCCGAAGAUGUGGAGGUGUCCGAAAAGGAAGAAUAUUCCAGCCCUGCGAGCGGCAGUCCGAUGUCGUCUCCUUCCCAUCACCCGGCAGCAGAUGACAUCCCAGAUGGUCGGCAGAUCCGCGCGGCCCGCACACAGAGGAGACUGGCCCGAACCCAGGGAGAUUACAUAUCGCUUGAUGUCUCCCAUGAGCGGUCAGACUCCAGCCAAUCAGAAGGUGACAGCGAGCUGGACGAUCACGAGAAGAGGAUUAAAUUUGCCCCCGGGGUGAAAACCAUUAAAGAGCGGAUGGCGGAGGAAAUGUCCUCCAGUAGUGGGGCAGCCAGUGACGAUGAAGAAAUCGAUAACAUUCAGAACAAGUGGGAGGGGCAGCAAAUGAGAAAGGCCAUCAGGUGUCUGCAGACUGUAGACAGCCCCCCUCGUGUGAAAAAGUAUGUGGAGCCAAAGUUUUCUACACCGCCAGUGACUGUGGAGGAUAUAAGGAAAAGGCUGGCUGCAAGAAUAGCCUCCAUAGAAGAGGUGCACAGAGCACACGUCUUAGAGAGUGAAAAAUACACCCGGGAUCUUGAGGAUGCGAAGAAUACACUCGGGAAGCUUGAGACGUCCUCCGGUGAAAAAAGCUACAAGUUCUUCAAGGAGAUGAAGGUUUUUGUGGAGAACUUUGUCGACUGCCUCAAUGAAAAGAUUCAAGAGAUUUCUCAGUCAGAGGCGGAGAUGUCACAGAUCCUGGAGGGUCACAGCAAAGAUCUACUGAAGAGGAGACAGGAGGAACUCCAACUGGAAUCUAAUACAAUCCAAAAGUUUGCCGGAACUGGAGAUGUGAAUGCUAUGGAAGCAGAUGAGGAAACAAAGCGCCGCCUGCAGGAUGUGGAGCUACGAAGGAGGAGAAGACGACAGAAACGUGAUGAUUCUGGUCAGAAAGAUCACCGAGAAGGAAUGUCUAGUGACGACGAGCUGCCUCCAGAGCAAGAAAGGGAAUACAAACAGAAUCGAGAGGAUGUCCUCUUCCUAUGUAAACCCCUCUUUGAAGACGUCCAUGAGGAUUUCUGCCAGAUUAAAAAUAUCCUGGGCAAGUUCCACGAGUGGAGAGAGCGGUUCCCGGAGACGUAUCACAAUGCCUACAUCAGCUUAUGUAUUCCCAAACUGCUGCGCCCCCUGGUCAGGGCGCAGUUAAUAGGCUGGAAUCCUCUGGAGGACUCCACACAGCUUGAGCAGAUGUCUUGGUAUCGUGACCUGGAUGAUUUCUGCUUUAGCAAAACUGACCAUGAAAACAUGGAGGACGACCCAGAUCAUAAAGUGUUGACUGCAGUCAUUGAGAAGACGGUGAUACCUAAAGUAAUAGGACUUGUGGAGAAUGUGUGGGAUCCCAUGUCGUCUGUUCAGACUGGCCGAUUGGUGCAUUUCUGCAAAACACAUGUCCUGGGAGAUGAGAAAAACGCAUCUGUGCAGGGUCUGGUCACUUGUCUGGUUUCAAGACUAAAGAAAUCCAUAGAAGAUGAUGUAUUCAUUCCUCUCUAUCCCAAGAGAUUAUUAGAGGACAGAAGUUCUGCUCAUUCUACAUUUCAGGAGAGACAGUUCUGGUCGGCUGUGAAGUUGUUUGGGAAUAUUCUACUAUGGGAUGGUUUCCUUCAGGAAGAAAUCUUACAGGAGCUGAGCCUGGACAAGAUGCUGAACCGCUACCUCAUCCUGGUUCUUCUCAACUCCGAGCCGGACUCCGAGCUGGUGAACAAGUGUCACAAGAUAGUCGAAUGUCUCCCUCAAAGCUGGUUCAGGGGGCUCGGCAGUGGGGCGACACUAACACGACUGGGCAAUUUCAGCAAACACUUGGCAAACUGCGUCCACGCACUGCACAAGCUGAACGACAGGAAAGGCAUGGAGGUCCUAGUGUCUCUACUGAUAAAGAUCAAAGCUCAGAAUCUAGCGGAGGAGGUUGCUGCACAGUACGGCAUGGAGGGACAUGUGAUCACUGCAUGACCAGAAGAGAUCGGGGCCGCGUCACAUGACCGGUCACAGCGCUGUAGAUUGAUGACGAUUGCUGCACUUUGACAACGAAUGGGCAGGAGAGGCUUGCCAGUGUGCCUCCAGCUGUUGCAAAACUACAACU